AUGAGCAGCCACGCCCUCAAUCCUUCCAUCUACCAACCUCUAGGCAACCCAUCCCAGGAAAUCAGACUACUUCAUAUGGAGAGCCCGCCAAAAUUAUCUCCUGAACUAAUCACUCCUGUAACCGUUGUCGCUGUCCUGAGCUCCUGGCCUUCCCCACCACCAUUCCACGCACGAGCACCCAUCAAGUACAAGCUUUUGACAUUCAAGCUCGACGAGGCUCCGCCGUACAAAGCUUUAUCUUUCACCUGGGGUAGCCCGGGCUAUGGCGGCACUAUCCAGGGCGACGAUGAUGAAAAGAGCCACCAAGUUCCACUUAUGGGCCAGAUUUACGGCCAAGCUAACUCGGUUCUUGUAUGGCUUGGAGAAGAACUCGGUUCCACAGCAAGAGCCUUCUCGUUCAUUUGGAGGUCGUGUUCAUACGGACAAGAGCUCCUAGACAUGGUGCUGACGGAAGCCGAGCUUUCAAAUCCCACAUCAACUUCGGGCGAUUCUCCCCAGAUAGAGGCGUUGGUGCGGGAAAAGUUAGAGUCGCUCAGCGAUGACUCAAACAAGCAAGCCAUGGAGCAGCUCUUCGGAAUCCCUUACUGGACUCGGCUCUGGGUGCUUCAGGAGUCCGGCCACGCCGCCAGUUCUGUCCUCAUCUGCGGCCGCCAUAUCAUUGACAUGAGCAAGAUUAACCACUUUCUCUUCUUUUGGAAGAUGGCAUCCAGAUUCCCGCGUUACAAGGCGACUGACAUUCGCGACAAGGUUUAUGCCUUGCUGAACCCGGUUCCGUCGGAGCACAGAAUCGUGGAACCCAACUAUCGCCGGUCAGAGGUGGACUUGUACCGAGAUCUAGUCACGAAUGGGAUAACACAUUACAACAGUCUCUACUGUCUUGCUAUGGGUGGUGUUGGUACGUUUGAGGAUUCAGGUUGUCCAAAUCUCCCUUCCUGGCUCCCCGACUUUCGAAAGAUCGGGAACUUGGAAUUUCCAUAUGCUUGCCCCAUCUUCAUGGCUGGCUUUUCUCAUCAGCACAACUUUGACGCUUCUGGGUCAAAGAAUCCUUGUUACUUGAUUAGCGACAAGCACCUCAAUGCCAGGGGGUUUUCACUCGACAAGAUAAGGAAGACGACUCAAAUUCCUUCUUCCAGCGAUACCUUGACAAUGUUAAACUCGAUCGCGCUAUCCAUCGAAACACAUGGUUGGAAACAGCAUGACCAAACGGGAAUCUACAGGGAGCUCUACAGAGCCAUCUUCCCCGCCCAGCUACUGAUAGAGCCCAAUAACCCUCUUGUUAUGGGCUCUAACCCAAGUUGGGCGGCCGAAAAGAAGUUAGCAUCAGGAUUUAUGCUCUCUCUAGGACUGGUUUCUAUGGAGCACUACUUCUGGGACAAGUUGAGUAAUCAGUACGCAGCAAUGAUUAGGGAAGGGCAGACUAUGACAACCGUCGAGGCACUGCAGUUCGUUGCCGCUGAGGACAAUCCAGCACUGAGCUACAUGUUUUCUGCAAUCUACGAGGACCUCAUCGAGGACCUCAUCCCCGACGUCUCCGGGGGGGGUGGUGAUACAGUCACCAUUCGCGAUCAACUCUACAGGCAAGCCGCUACAUCUUUUGGGACUCGGAUAACGGAAGAGGGCAGCGAUACUGGCGAGGCCUACUUAAUUCCCUUCCACGAAACUGCCGACAGCAGCUACGCGUUGACAUUGGCAAAAACAUUCCUGGAUCGCACGCAUUACCUCUGGGCUUCAAGGGCCUUUGCGAUCACCGAGGGAGAGCACAUGGGGUUUGUACGGCCGGGGACGCGUGUGGGCGACUGGGUGUGCAUUCUCUACGGCUGUCCUUCGCCUCUGGUUAUUCGUCCUGAUGAGGGCGAAUAUCUCCUCGUAGGGGACUGCUGCUUCGAGGUUAUGAUGCACGGUGAGAUGGUCAAGAAGCAAGAGGAGGGUGAGUUUGUGCUUCAGGAUUUUACAUUCAAGUGA